AUGAGAAAUGAUCUGCAAAUGACUUUUCCAGAGAAACGUACGGACAAAUCGGCUGUAUCGGGUGCGAUUCGCUUGCACAUUUCCGUUGAGAUCAAAGGAGAAGAAAAACUUGCUUCAUACCAUGUGCAGUAUACUUGCCUACACGAACAUCUUUUUCAGGCGAUGUGUGCGGAAAAUGACGACAUUCGAAUACCCGAUGCAAAAGGUGAAGACAGCUGGAAGGUCUACUUUGAUGAUGUUGGCCAGGAGAUCGUUGAGGAAUUUGCCAUGCGCUACGGUAUCGAGAGUAUUUAUCAGGCGAUGACACAUUUUGCCUGCGCUCUGUACAAGGUUAGUAUGUGUGUUGGAGUGCCAGCAGUGCUUUCUACGUUACUUGCCAAUAUAAAUGCCUUCUAUGCACAUACUACGGCUACUUCUGCUGUGUCGGCGUCGGACCGUUUCGCUGCGUCGAAUUUCGGCAAAGAGCGUUUUGUGAAGUUACUCGAUCAACUUCACAAUAGUCUCCGGAUAGAUCUUAGCAUGUAUAGGGUGAGUUUCGUUCCAUAUAAGUUGUAG